GCAGUCCUUUGCACAAGUUAUAUCGGCAAUUUAGGCUAUAUAAGAGCAUUUGACUAGUGAAGUGUAAUUUUGAAGAGCACUUUAAGUUUGUAGCUGUGGAUCAAUGGCUUAUGCAGGUGCUUCUGUUCUUCUUUCAGAAUACUUGGUGAAAAGACUAUGGGAACAUGAUGAUCCUGAUAAUAUCGUACAUUGAAGAUGAAGAAUACUGUAUUAGAAUAAUACAACGAUCAAUCUUCACUGAAAAGUCUCCCUCUUCAGACUUUGUCUCUUUAAAUACACCAUUAAUCAACUUGUUCACAUAUCCCCACAUUGCUUUUACAUGUUCCAUGGCUUCCAACUUCCUCAAACUCCUCCUUUUUCUCUUCCUCCAUUGCCUUCUUCUCACUGCUUCUUCAUCCAAUCAAAUUCCCAAGCCUUAUGUUGUUUAUAUGGGGAGUUCAUCCAAUAUUGAAAAUGGAGAUGGUGAAUUUACAGAGUCAGCUCAUUUACAACUAUUAUCUUCCAUUAUUCCAAGCAGUAAAAAGAGUGAUAGAAUAUCCUUAAUCCACCAUUACAAGCAUGCUUUCAAGGGCUUCUCUGCAAUGCUCACAGAGAAAGAAGCUUCUCUAUUAUCGGAGGUUGAAGGGAUAGUGUCGGUGUUCCCUGAUAGGGUUCUUCAACUUCAUACAACACGUUCUUGGGAUUUCUUGGAGGAGGCAGCAGCCCAACCAAGCAUCAGCACCUGGGCCAGCUACAAUUAUCAUAAACACUCUUCUGAUGUCAUAAUAGGUGUUAUUGACACAGGGAUCUGGCCCGAAUCUGAGAGUUUCAAGGAUCAAGGACUGGGUGAAAUCCCUGCAAGAUGGAAGGGUGUUUGCAUGGAAUCACGUGACUUCAAGAAAUCCAAUUGUAACAGGAAGCUAAUUGGAGCAAGAUUCUACAAGACACUAUCCACCUCCAAAAGGACUGCUGGUUCUCCAAGGGACUUUAUUGGCCAUGGAACUCACACAGCCUCCACUGCAGCUGGCGCUCGCGUAGCCAACGCAAGCUACUUCGGCUUGGCAAGAGGCACUGCACGUGGUGGCUCGCCUUCCUCCAGGAUUGCAAGCUACCAGGCCUGCUCAGAAUCAGGGUGCUCAGGCGCAACCCUUUUGAAGGCAAUUGAUGAUGCAGUGGAAGAUGGAGUUGACAUCAUUUCAAUCUCCAUUGGAAUGAGUUCACUGUUUCAAUCCGAUUACUUGAGUGACCCCAUUGCCAUUGGAGCCUUUCAUGCUGAACAAAAUGGAGUUAUGGUUGUUUGUUCAGCUGGAAAUGAUGGACCUGACCCUUCAACAGUUGUCAACACAGCUCCAUGGGUGCUCACGGUUGCAGCUUCUACUAUUGACAGGAAUUUUGAAUCUACUAUUGUUCUUGGAAAUGGAAAAACAAUCCAAGGGCCUGCCAUUAGUUUGUCAAAUCUUUCUCACACAAAGACUUAUCCCCUUGCAUUUGGAAAGGAUAUUGCAGCUUACUUCACCCCUGAAGCUGAAGCAAAGGAUUGUCGUCCAGGAUCAUUAGAUGCAAAGAAAGUGGAAGGCAAGAUCAUUGUGUGCCUAGACAAUGAUCCAAGCAUUCCAAGGAGAAUAAAAAAAUUAGUGGCAGAGGAUGCUAAAGCCAAAGGCCUAAUAUUUGUUAAUGAGGAAGAGAAAGGUGUUCCUUUUGAUUCAGGCAUAUUUCCAUUCUCACAAGUUGGCAACUCAGACUGGUAUCAAAUCGUCAAGUACAUCAAUUCUACCAAGAAUCCAACUGCCACAAUCCUGUCAACAGUCGAUGUUCCAAAGUACAACCCAGCACCAGUUGUUGCAUAUUUCUCAUCAAGAGGUCCAGGAGCCUUCACAGAAAACAUUCUCAAGCCUGACGUAGCAGCACCAGGCGUUGCAAUUUUAGCUGCAAUUGUUCCAAAAGAAGGGACUACUCCGAAUGGUAACAAGCCUGCAAAUUAUGGUUUAGGAUCUGGUACAUCCAUGGCUUGUCCACAUGUCACUGGCUCUGCCGCUUUCAUUAAAUCACUGCAUCCUGAUUGGACUUCUUCCAUGAUCAAAUCAGCUCUUAUGACAACAGCAACCUAUUAUGAUAACAUUGGAAAGCCAAUAAAUAACAGCUCGGGCAAUUCUGCAAAUCCACACGAAAUGGGAGUUGGAGAAAUUAGCCCACUUAAAGCUCUUAAUCCAGGAUUAGUAUUCGAAACAACAACAAAAGAUUACCUCAGAUUCCUUUGUUAUUACGGUUACUCUAACAAAAUAAUCAAAUCAAUGGCAAACACCAACUUUAACUGCUCAAAAAACUCCAUUGACAAGCUCAUCUCCAACAUAAACUACCCUUCAAUCUCCAUAGACAACAUUGAAAGGAACAAAGCUGUUAGAACCGUCAGAAGAACAGUGACAAACGUUGGCUCGACGAAUGCGACAUACACUGCAAGCGUCCAAGCUCCCUCAGGAUUAGUAGUGAAUGUAUAUCCAAAGAAGAUUAGCUUUGGUAAGGAUGUAAAGAGGGCUUCUUUCAAAGUUUCAUUCAACAGCAAGGAGGCCAGUAGUGGUUAUAAUUUUGGCUCAAUAACAUGGUGGGAGGGUCGACGCAAUUCUGUUCGUAUUGUGUUUGCAGUGAAUGUUGAAUAAUGAAGUUUAUGAAGUUGUUAGGAGGAUAACAGUGGUUGAGUGUCCUGAAAAUUUUAUGUGUUUUUUUUAUUGUUUUCAGUGUAGCCAUUGAUACUUUGUGCACUAAUCCCAUUCAUUAAUUUACUAAUCUUAUCAUUGACAAAA